CUGCGCGUAGGGUGUGUCGUAAAACUUGGUCCGGUAAAGAAAAGAGGAGAGGAAAGUUUUUAGCAAACAACAAAACAAGUCUUUUCAAGUAGCUCGCUGUUUGUAGAACAUCUGAUUUAGGUUUAGCCAUUGGUUUUCGUUCUACAUGGGACUGUGAAAUUCGUAGACUUUAUCUGCUACAUAACUCGCCGUUGACAGAUAGCUAGCUAGCCUAGUAACAUAGAUGGUAAAAACACAGAACUAGAUACAGCAGAGAUGGUAUCAAUCAACCCAGUGGACUCUGAUCCGGUACUCGGGAUCAACGUUGUGGUGAAGGAUGAAGACGGAGAGGUAGUGGAUUAUUUAGCUGAACCAAGGCUGUCCUGGUGUGUGAAAGAGGAACAAGAAGAGGUGCCGUGUCACCUAGAAGAACACAGUGGAUGUAUAGACCAGGCUAUAGACCCUUCAGAAUCACUCCAGAAGAAUCAGCGACGUCACACCACUGAAACCAACUACCCUUGCUUAGCCUGUGGGAAGUAUUUCUACAACUCAUCAACCCUGCGGAGACACAUGCGUACGCACACAGGAGAGAGGCCGUAUCACUGCUCUGAGUGUGGGCGAAGCUUCAGUCACUCUGGCAACCUGAGGAGUCAUCAGGUGAUCCACACAGGAGAGAGACCGUACCACUGUCUGGUCUGUGGCAAGCGCUUCAGUCAGCCAGGAGGCCUGGCCAAGCACCAGAGAACACACACAGGAGAGAAGCCAUUCCACUGCACUUUCACAGAGUGCGGCAAGAGUUUCUCCAAGUUAGAACACCUACAGAUACACCACAGGACUCACACAGGAGAGAAGCCUUACCCCUGCUCUGCCUCUGACUGUGGAAGGAGAUUCUCCAACUCAGGCCAGCUGAUCCAACACAUGCGUACUCAUACAGGAGAGAGGCCGUACCACUGCUCAGAGUGUCUGAAGACCUUCUCCCACCCAGGAGCUCUGAAGGACCACCAGAGGAUUCACUCAGGAGAGAGACCCUACGUCUGUGCUGUCUCGGCCUGCGGUAAGACGUUUAUAAACUCUGGGGCACUGAAAAAGCACAGCCAGACCCACACAGGGGAAAAACCUCACUGCUGCUCUGACUGUGGGAGAGGCUUCUCCCAGCUGGCUCACCUCCAGGCUCAUCAGAGGACUCACACAGGGGAAAGACCCUAUCAUUGCUCCCUCUGUUGGAAGAGCUUUAUCCAACAAGGGCAUCUGGACAGGCAUAGACGCAUCCACCUAUCAGCGGACACACCUGGAGAUCAGUUAUCCCCUAGCAUCAAUCCAGAUCAGCACAUCAGACCGAUAGAUGAUUCACCUGAGGUCUUUGAUGAAGAGACUGUACCAGAACAACAUGUACAUCCUGAAUUAAUGAGUCACCUUGAAUGAUUGGUUUGAUUGCAUCAUUCCGGACUGUGUCAAUGUUUACACUGUUUCUGCUUGUAUCUCACUGCUGCAUAAAACCAUUGGUGUUA